AACGUACGUGAUAAAUAGUGCAUAGACAACAGUCAAGUGCAAUUGUGGACCAGCCUAAAUGGCAUUUAAAUCGUGAAGUUUAUAUGACAAAAGUUUAGAAAAUAAACAACAUAAAUAUUGAUUAUUAAUUUUAAAUUUACUGUACUUUAAAUUUGUGAAUUUAUCAAUAACCAAAAAAGUCUAUAAAAACUAUUUUUAAUAAUAAAUAUCAAACAAUGAAGCUAUUAUUUAAAAUUGUGGUAGUUUUAGUUUUAGUAAUUAAUUUAAAUGAAAUUAAUUGUUCACGUAUUUUAGGAAUUUUUCCAUUCAAUGCGAAAAGUCACAUGCAAAUGUUUGAACAAUUGAUGAAAGGAUUAGCUCGAAGGGGUCAUCAAGUUGAUGUUGUCAGUUCAUUUCCACUUAAAAAACCAUAUGAAAAUUAUACUGAUAUUUUUUUACCAACAGCGUUGCCAAAAAUGGUCAACAAUAUGAGUUAUAAUACUCUUCAGGAUAUAUUAAAUAAUGAUAUGAUUGCUUUUUUAGCAACACAAGCUGGUAAUUUAAUUUGUGAAAAAGGUUUGCAAGAUCCACAAAUUCAAAGUAUCAUUAAAAAACCACCAAAUAAUCCACCUUAUGAUUUAGUAAUUGUAGAAAUUUUUGCGGCUCAUUGUUUUGCGGCGAUUGGACAUCAUUUAAAUGUUCAAGUUGUUGGUAUUAGCUCAUCAGCUUUGUAUCCAUGGGGUAAUGAUAUUAUUGGUAAUCCAGAAAAUCUUGGAUUUGUGCCAAAUAAUUUUCUAUCAUUUCGAAAUAACAUGAAUUUUCUUCAACGUUUUUACAAUGUUAUACAUACAUUUUAUUAUAAAUAUAAUUUUAAUUAUUUAACAACAAGUCAAAGUGGAUUAAUUAAAAAAUAUAUUGAUAAUAAAAUACCAGGAAUUAGAGAAUUAGAAAAUAAUAUGGCAAUUGUUCUUACAAAUACUCAUCCAUCAUUGAAUGGUGCUAGACCACAAGUUCCAGCAGUUAUUGAAGUUGGUGGACUUCAUGUUCAAGAAGAUUAUGAAGAGGGCGAAAUUUCACCGGAAGAUCUUGAAUGGAUGAAUGACAGUAAUGAUGGAUUUAUUUACUUUACAUUUGGCUCAAUGAUAACAAUAGAAUCAUUUCCAAAAAAUGAUCUUGAUGUAUUUUACAAAUCACUUGGUAAAAUAUCACCAGUUAGAAUAUUAAUGAAAGUACCAGAACCAAAAUUACUGCCACCUGGUUUACCAAAAAAUAUACGAACAUUUUCAUGGAUACCACAAAUUAAAGUACUCAAACACAAAAAUAUACGAGCUUUUAUAACACAUGGUGGAUUAAUGGGAAGCCAAGAAGCAAUUACCUAUGCUGUGCCAGUGAUUGGGAUUCCAUUAUUUGCCGAUCAAUUUAUAAAUAUAAAUACUCUUGUUGAUAAAAAUGUAGCUAUUAAAAUUGAUAAAAAUCAUAUUACCGAGGAUAAAUUUGAUAAUGCGCUUAAAGAAAUUUUGUAUAAUCCAAUUUACAGAAAUUCAAUGAAAGAACUUUCGGAUAAUUUUUUGGAUCGUCCACUCAAUGCGAUGGAUACUGCUUGUUUUUGGAUUGAAUAUGUUAUAAGACGUGGUAAUAAGGUCAUGAGGUCAGCAUCACUCGAUCUUUUUUGGUGGCAAAUUGCACUUCUUGAUGUCUAUGUUGUUAUUCUUUUACUAGCCAUGUCAGCCGUUUAUAUUAUUAGAGAAUUUAUUCGAUAUACUUUGAAUUUAAUAUACAAAAAAAAACAUAAAAAAUCUCAAUUGAAUAAUAAAAAAAUUAAUUAAAUAGAUAUGCUUUAUUAGAAUAAAAAAAUUAUAAAGGUUAUUUUAAAAAUAAAUAAAUAAAUAAUUAUUAAAUUAUUUUUCUGAUUUUUAAAUAA